CCCAAAGUUGUGCAAACUUCGUAUAGAUGUAUCGCUUUUUGAAGGGAUGGGAGAUUGUUUAGACAGGCAGUCAAAACUUCCAGAGAAGCUUUUACGUGUGGCUCAAACACUUGACUUGCUUCAUACAUUGAUUUUGAGUGAUGCCUUCAUGUGGAACGAUAAGAAUUUGCUACCUGGGAUCAAGGUGUUUCUUGCAUGCUUCCCAACACUUCAGAAGUUUAUCAUUGGAAGAGACUUCAAUCUCAAAACUAUUAAGGAAAUAUUGCAUUUUCCACGCGCCUCCCCAAAACUCGAAAUAAUUUUCAUCUAAAAUUAUGUCUUAUUCUAAUGAAUUUAAUUUAGAUGUUGAUUUGCAAUUUAG